AUAUAUAAGACUACAUAUACCAUUCCCUUCUCAUGCAGGAAGCGAAAAAAAGAAAAAAGAAAAGAUACAUUCAAGCAAGUUCUACACCUAAAGAUUGCACAUAAAACCUGGCACAGUUGCAUAAAAUCUGAAAGCAGGGAUGGAAGAGGCACACAAUUUAAAGACAUGGGAAGGCUACUUAGACUGGAAAAAUAGACCUGCCCUGUGUGGUCGUCACGGCGGCAUGCUUGCUGCUUCUUUUGUCUUGGUUGUGGAGGUACUGGAAAAUCUAGCAUACCUAGCAAAUGCAAGUAACCUGGUGCUGUACCUUUCGAAGUUCAUGCAUUUUUCUCCAUCCGGCUCUGCCAACAUUGUUACCAAUUUCAUGGGCACAGCCUUCCUCCUUGCUCUGCUUGGUGGUUUUCUAGCAGAUGCUUUUUUCACCACCUAUCACAUCUAUCUGAUAAGUGCUGUAAUAGAAUUCAUGGGCCUGUUAGUACUCACAGUCCAAGCUCGCUCGUCUUCACUGAAACCAUUACCAUGUGUUUCAGCAAGCACAAGCAUCUCGUGCGAACAAGUUGAUGGAAGUAAAGCGGUGAUGUUAUUCACAGGCCUCUAUCUAGUAGCACUGGGUGUUGGAGGGAUAAAAGGUUCACUUCCCUCACAUGGUGCUGAACAAUUCGAUGAGAACACCCAACAAGGGCGAAAGCAGCGAUCAGCCUUUUUUAACUACUACGUUUUCUGCCUCUCUUUUGGGGCUCUGAUUGCUGUGACUUUUGCGGUAUGGAUUGAAGACAAUAAAGGAUGGCAGUGGGGUUUUGGAAUCUCUACUGCAACAAUACUUCUUUCCAUCCCAGUCUUCCUCCUUGGAUCCCCCACUUACAGGAACAAAGUUCCAUCAGGAAGCCCCAUCACAACUAUACUGAAGGUUCUAAUUGCAGCAGUUUACAACACCUGCAAACCUCAGACUCCUAACAAUGCUGUCAUGGGCGUGGACACAAGCUCAUCAUACACCACUGAAACCAGUGAAGUAGAAGAUAGUUACAUUCGGGAAGAGGCACUGAAUCAAACUCCAACCGAAAGUCUCGAGUUUCUCGAUAGAGCAGUGAUGAACAAAUCUAUAAACCCAACGCUGAGAUGCACGGUAAAAGAUGUGGAAGAGGUUAAGGUUGUAAUAAAGAUACUCCCCAUCUUUAUGUCUACCAUUAUGUUAAACUGCUGCCUCGCUCAGCUCUCCACCUUUUCGGUCCAACAAGCAUCAACGAUGAAUACCAAGCUUGGUUCCUUGAAAGUCCCACCAGCUUCUCUCCCUGUCUUCCCUGUCAUUUUCAUCAUGAUCCUGGCACCAAUUUAUAACCAUAUUAUCUCUCCAUUUGCAAGAAAAGUUACAAAAUCCGAAAUGGGGAUCACUCAUUUGCAAAGAAUAGGGACAGGGCUAGUCCUCUCCAUCGUGGCAAUGGCACUGGCAGCGCUAGUUGAAAUGAAGAGAAAGGGAGUGGCCACCAGUGCUGGACUAACAGAUUCUGCUAAACCACUACCCAUCACAUUUCUUUGGAUAGCCUUGCAGUACUUGUUCCUUGGAUCAGCUGAUCUUUUCACUUUAGCUGGCAUGAUGGAAUUCUUCUUCACAGAGGCCCCUUUAAGCAUGAGAUCCUUGGCUACAUCUCUCUCUUGGGCCUCGCUGGCCAUGGGAUACUACCUCAGUUCCGUCCUUGUGUCCAUAGUCAAUGCUGUCACUGGUGCAUACAGACACACGUCCUGGCUAUUUGGAAGCAACUUGAAUCAUUAUCAUCUCGAACGGUUUUACUGGUUGAUGUGCAUAUUAAGUGGAAUAAACUUCUUGCAUUAUCUCUUCUGGUCCUGCCGCUACAGAUAUAAAUCAACAAGUCCUCGUGAUGAACAGAAAUUGCAGCAGAUUGCACAAGUCAAUAGAUAAUACAUCUACUUAUGCAUUCAGGGUCUUAAAUUGAAGAGGGAUGAUAUCAGAUUUAAGCCCUCUAUAACUCCUCUAGCAUGUAUUAAUGCGUCCUAAUUCUAUAGUAUCGGAAUGUAUCAGGAGCGUAAAGUAAAUCUUCAUAUGUAAUACGAGUUUGAAUGUUCAUAUUGAUUAAUUAACAUUCUCAACGUUGAAUAUUA